AAAGACACCGGUCUCUCGUCUUCGAGCCUUCCAUUUUCUCCUCCUUUGUUUAUAACAACAGGAGCGGCACAAAAAUAGCAAGAGAGCUGCUGAUCUGUGAUCAUGGCUGCUCCCCAAAUUAAAGGCGACAUCACCGAUACUGACCAGGUUUUGGUAGAGGAGAAAGGAACUGCAAGGAUACUGACACUGAACAGACCAAGGCAAUUGAAUGCCCUCACUUCUGAAAUGAUUCUGAAACUCCUGAAGCUUUUCAUUGCUUAUGAAGAGGAUCCUAAAGUCAAGCUACUAAUCGUGAAGGGACAAGGAAGAGCAUUUUGUGCUGGAGGAGAUGUAGCAGCAGUUGCUCGUUCUGUUACUGAAGGUUAUUGGACUAAUGGUGCAAACUUUUUCUGGAAUGAGUUUAUCUUGAACUAUAUAAUUGCAACUUAUAGAAAACCUCAGGUUUCUAUUCUUAAUGGAAUUGUAAUGGGAGGCGGGGCAGGUGUUUCAAUUCAUGGGAAGUUUCGAGUCGCUACAGAGAAAUCGGUGUUUGCUAUGCCUGAAACAGCAUUAGGUUUGUUCCCGGAUAUAGGCGCUUCAUAUUUUCUCUCAAGGCUUCCUGGAUACUUUGGAGAGUAUGUCGGUCUCACGGGUGCAAGGUUAGAUGGGGCUGAAUUGCUUGCUUGUGGACUUGCAACUCACUUUGUUCCCUCAGCGAGAUUAGUUUUGCUGGAGGAAUCCCUUAUUGGUGUGAACAGCUCUGAUGCUUUUACUGUUUGUGGAAUCAUUGAUCAGUUUUCACAACAGAUGCCUGUGAAAGAAAGCAGUGCCUAUAAUAGGUUGGAUACGAUUGACCGAUGCUUCUCUAAAAGAACUGUUGAAGAAAUUUUAUCUGCUCUUGAGCUGGAGGCAGUUCAUGUUCGCGAGGAGUGGAUUUCUGCUGCAAUUGAUUCAUUGAAGAAGGCAUCACCUACCAGUCUUAAAAUUUCUCUCAGAUUGAUCAGAGAAGGUAGGACGCAGCGAAUUGGCCAAUGCCUUAUCAAAGAUUACAGGACGUGUUGCCAUGUUCUACGAAGAGAACUCAGCAAGGAUUUCAUCGAGGGGUGUAGGGCUAUUUUAGUGGAUAAAGACAGAAACCCAAAGUGGAAUCCGGCUAGACUUGACAUGCUAGAUGAUGAUAUGGUGGAUCGAUAUUUUGCCAAGGUUGACGAAGCUUUGUGGGAAGAUUUGAAACUUCCUGAGAGAAGCAACUCUAAAACCCCAUCUAUAUCAAAGCUCUGAACGCAGUUCAGUUUACACAACCUGUAUGGAAAAGAGUUGAGCGGACAAGGUGUCUCCUUGGGGCAUAUAAUCAAUAUUACUACUUUGAUGUAACUCCAAAUAAGCUGAAAGCUCCCGGGUUCUAAUUUGUAAGUUGCUCUUAGAGUGGUACAAUCAAUGUUCUUGAUAAUAAAAGCAAAUAAAAUUAUAUGUUUAUACUUUUUAUGUGAA